CCUGGGGUCGGGAAUGAGGGAUUCGGCUUGGCCUCCUGCGCCCUCCCACCCCGGGUCUCCCCGGCGCGCGUUUGCAGAUCUCCGGCUCACUCCCCGGCAGCGCUGCGCGGCUCUCGGGAUUGGAAAGCGCUCGGGAUUGUCACUUUAAAUUAAAGACGGAGAGGGCGGGCGAGCGGGGGAGCGCGCGGCGGGCUCCUGGGAGCGUGCCCGGACUGCGGCGCAGCUCCUGUCCGUCGCCCCGGCCCGGCGGAGCCCCCGACCCGCGCCGCGCUCUUCCGCCUGAGGCGGGCGCCCGGCGACACUGCAGGGGUGGCGUUGCCGCCGGCGGCCUGGGUUGGCGCCGGUGCGUGCGCGCUGCGGGAGGCGGGCCGGGAGCCGAGAGCUCGAGAGUGAGCCCGAGUCGGAGCGGCGGCCCCUCGGCGAGCCCGGCCACUGCAGGGGAAGCCAUGGCCGUGGAUGUGGCAGAAUACCACCUGAGCGUCAUCAAGAGCCCUCCUGGUUGGGAGGUGGGUGUCUAUGCCGCAGGGGCCCUGGCACUGCUGGGAAUCGCUGCUGUGAGCCUAUGGAAGCUCUGGACGUCAGGAAGCUUCCCCAGCCCCUCCCCAUUCCCCAAUUAUGACUACAGGUACCUUCAGCAGAAGUAUGGGGAGACUGACACGGAAGCCAGGCCGAAGAGAGCGCCUGCCUGGAAUGCCCCACGGGCCAGUGCUCGGGGGCCACCCAGCCGCAAAGGUAGCCUCAGCAUCGAGGACACCUUUGAGAGCAUCAGUGAACUGGGGCCGCUGGAGCUGAUGGGCCGGGAGCUGGACCUGGCCCCCUACGGGCCCCUCCGAAAGUCCCAGUCGGCGGACUCCCUGAACUCCAUCUCCUCCGUGAGCAACACCUUUGGGCAGGACUUCACGCUGGGCCAGGUGGAAGUGAGCAUGGCAUACGAUGCCGCCUCGCACACCCUGCACGUGGCUGUGCUGCAGGGCAAGGACCUCCUGGAGCGUGAGGAGGCGAGCUUCGAGUCCUGCUUCAUGCGCGUCAGCCUGCUGCCCGAUGAGCAGAUUGUGGGCAUCUCUCGGAUCCAGAGGAAUGCCUACUCCAUCUUCUUCGAUGAGAAGUUCUCCAUCCCGCUGGACCCCACAGCCCUGGAGGAGAAGAGCCUGCGGUUCUCUGUGUUUGGUAUUGAUGAGGACGAGCGGAAUGUCAGCACGGGGGUGGUAGAGCUCAAGCUGUCUGUGCUCGACCUCCCGCUGCAGCCCUUUGGUGGCUGGCUCUACUUACAGGACCAGAACAAGGCUGCAGAUGCGGUGGGGGAGAUCCUGCUGUCCCUCAGCUACCUGCCCACAGCCGAGCGCCUCACUGUGGUGGUGGUGAAGGCCAAGAAUCUUAUCUGGACCAAUGACAAGACCACAGCAGACCCCUUCGUCAAGGUGUACCUGCUGCAGGAUGGGAGGAAGAUGAGCAAAAAGAAGACAGCAGUGAAGAGAGAUGACCCCAACCCAGUGUUCAAUGAAGCCAUGAUCUUCUCAGUGCCAGCCAUUGUGCUCCAGGACCUGUCUCUCCGUGUGACAGUAGCCGAGAGCAGCAGUGACGGCCGUGGUGACAACGUGGGCCAUGUCAUCAUUGGGCCAUCGGCGAGUGGCAUGGGCACCACACACUGGAAUCAGAUGCUGGCCACAUUGCGCAGGCCCGUGUCCAUGUGGCACCCAGUCCGGCGAAACUAGCAGCCAGAGCAGGCCAGGUGGGCAGCACAGCCACUGGGACCUGGCACACACUCAGCUCUAUCCAUAGCCCUCUUCAUAGCCCAGCUGGAGCCAUGACUGCUGGGGUUCCUGGGUGGAGUCCCCAUCAGUCAUCUUGGACCCUCUGUCCAGACUAUAGUGGAGGAACAGGUGGACCUCUACAUUUGGAAACCAGAGUUUUCUCUCACUGAGGACAAGCUCUGGCUCUAGCUGGGCCAGGGCCCACCAGAGGGCAGCAGAUGCUGGCCAGUUGUGUAUCAUCCGGAAGUCCUCACAAGUCCUCACAAGAGUCACCCCUGGACCUGCAGGAAGACUUGGCUCCCAGAGCAGGCAAGCUUCCCCACCCCACUCCUCGGAGGCCAGCUGUCAGGCUGGCCAUGCACCGGAAUGGGUGAUUCUCGGGAGUCAGCACUGUGCUAGGCAGUGGCAGGGGCCUCAUGAACAAAAAGAAGCCCCCGGCUUACCAGGAAGUCAGGAUCCCACCACCCAGGGGAUCUGCUCAGUGCCCAGGGGCAGUCCAGCCAUGCGGACUCAGAGUGGGCUCUGGGAACUGGGGGACAGGGAGGGCCCCAUUGACAGGAAGGAGCUGUGCUCUGCGGGGUGGAGGAAAAACCCAGGCAGAGGCACAGCUCAAGGAGUAGCAAAAAAGUGAACUUCUGAACUUUCCUGACACAAGCACAGUCCUCAGUUCACACAGUGGGGACAAGAGCCUGCUUCUGGGUUGGAAAAGAGACCAAGAGACCAGAGUCGAGCAGAAGGCUUCAGGCCACAUCGGAGUUCCAGGGUUACAGUCCAUGAAAUAUUCGCCUGGAGCAUCAACCAUCACACAAAAACCAGAAGUGCAUAGGCCAAUAGCAAGGUCCUUGUGCAGGUCCUGUGCAAAAUCAGCCUCUACUCCACCAGCGGACCAGGCUCUGCCAGGAAGAGACGCCUUGGGCAAGCCUGGAUGCAGUCUCCGGGACACUGGGCAUCUUGGGUCAAAUUCCCUAAACCUUCGAGUUCAACAGAUGUUAGCAAAGGCAAUGGGGUGCUCUGGAGGGGAGAACAGCAGCCUGGGGAUCCUGCCCAGAAGCAAAAGGGCUGGGUUGGUACAUCAGUCUUUGGCUUCUGCCCCUGCUCCAGGUGUAGUGAUGGUGUCAUACUCCCUGCACCUGUCACUAGAGGAGCAGCAGCUGUCAUCUAGCAAAGGCAGACCCAGAGGACCUCUCUACUGAAGGAGGGGAGUCCCUUCAGGGAUAAAGGGAUAGAGGGUCAGGAAUGGGAUGUACAGUAGCAGUGUCUGAUCUGGGGCCACCCACGGGUAAGUGAGGAACUCUCAGGCUGGCUGUCCUGUUCCUUAGCUCCAGUGAGCUACGGAGACCCAGGCCACUGUCACCAAUGACAUGGCAAGAGAUGGCUUGAACAGGGUUCAGAGGGUUGUGGGACUGGAACAGGACCUCGUGAUACCACCAGGUCAGCACAGGGACAUGCAUGGCUGGGGAGCCCCUGUAGCCUGGGAGACCCCAAAACCUUUUGAACGCUGGGGCCUUGUAGGGAAGGCCAUGUCCUCCUACCUUCUCUUCCCUCAUAUCUCCCUCCUAACUGCAUGAAAUGGUGACCAUGGAGCCAGGGUGGCCGUGGUGGGAACUGAGAAUGCUGACUGGAAUGAUUCUAGAACCAAAUAAAGCUGGGGCAGGAAGGGGGCUUCUAGGGAGCCCUGCUCAGUCCCAAUCAUC